GAAAAAAAGCCCCUCUCUCGCUCUUGUCUUCUCCCCUGGUGCUCUUUCUCUCUCUACAAAACUCGCUUUCUCUCUCCUCUGCAACUGAUUACUACAAGAUCCAACCAUUCUCCUAGAUUCUGAUUCACUUUUGCGCUGAUCUCAUCUCCGAUUCUCUCGGUCCAAAAUCGAGCUGCGGCCAUUACUGCUCUCAAGAAAGGGGCAUAUUUGCUUAAGUAUGGAAGAAGGGGGAAGCCUAAGUUUUGUCCGUUCCGACUGGCAAAUGAUGAAUCUGUACUAAUUUGGUUCUCAGGGGAAGAGGAGAAACACCUCAAACUAAGGCACGUGUCUAAAAUCAUUUCAGGGCAGCGCACUGUAAGUUUCUUGCUGUGACGACAAUAUCAUUGUAUAACUACUCUGUCUACACUUUAAAGCUUAUGAAGGAAUGGUAAAUAUUCAUUGAUGUCGAAGUCUACAGUGGGGCUGAGUAGAGUGUUAGAUUGCCGAAGUUUUACAUAAUCCUCAUCUUAUUGCAGCAUCCAUAAGAAAUCAAUGGCAUACCUAUUUUUCCACCGUUCUGCCCUAACUAACUUCUACAGUGCUUGAUCUUCCAGAUCUCGUCCUCAGCUUGCUAGAUUUUCCUCCAUGGAGUCCUUCAAGCGAGUGGAAAGUCGGUCUUCCAAGAAAAACAAGAAACCAGAAUUCAACAGUAGUCGUGUGUCACCUAUUCCAAAUGGGAAUUCACAAUGGGGGGAUUUUAAUGUCUCUAAAUCAUUUAAUCCAAUGUUUGGCUCGUCCAAGAAGUUUUUCUCAGCUUCUGUACUUGGGUCCAGAAUUGUUUCUUGGGCAACAUCGCUAAUAUCAAGACGAUCGAGCCCACCUCGUUCCACGACACCAACACCUACUCUUGGUGGACUUACCUCUCUGAAAAUUGUUGUGGAUGAUGCUAAGAGAAUAUAUGAUAGCCUUAGCCAAGAAGUUACUAGGUUAAGACAACAGGUGGAAAAUCUUACCCUGAAAGCUCAACUUCAAGAAGUAGAGUUGGAAACCGUAAAGGAAGUGAUCAAGUCACUUACUGCUGGUAACCGCAGUUCAGGCCAAAGCAGACAAGGCCAGUCAAAAACAACAACCAGAAAUGGUGGCAGAACUAAAGAAGGUGAUUCUCGUAAUGACAAUGAAUGGGUUGUGCAAGACAAGCCAGGUGUUUAUAUCACGCACACCUCCUUACCUGGCGGUGUUAUAGAUCUUAAGCGAGUACGGUUCAGUCGGAGGCGGUUUAGUGAGACACAAGCGGAACAAUGGUGGGCGGAGAACCGGGCAAGAGUAUACAAACAGUACAACGUGUGCGAGGUUGACAAGUCAAGUGUGGGUGUUGGGAGUGAGGACUGUGGACAUUGACUGACGUGGAAAUGUUCAUAUGCAAAAUCAAAAAGUAUUAUCUUUUAAAAAAAUUUGAUCUAAAUUCAUGGUUGAGGAAGGUCUUAUUGAUCCAUUAGUUUGGCUAUCAUGUUAUCAAGGGUUGAGGAAAGGUUUGCUAUAAAGUGAGAAGUGGAGUGGUUUGAUUGGGUUUUCUUUUAUAUUUCGCCGCUUAAAUUUCUAUUUUGCAUUUUAAUUUUUUUUUCCUGAAAAUGUGUACUUUGUGUGGGGGAAUUGAGGGUGAGAAAUGUAUUUGGGAAUCAUGACAUAGUUUAACUUGUUUUACUACUGUGGUGCCCAACCACCACUCCCAAAUGCUGCCACCGAAGGAGUUCUUAAAACUCAUGUAUUUGGUCUCCUAUAAGUUUGUUAUCUUUCGUUUUAUA